AUGGUGUCCCGUGGGAUUAGUCGAGCCCUGCUGCUGCGCCCCUCCAGCGGCUGCUGGCGCCGCCCUGCACGCAUUCCGCUGACGUUCCUGUCGUUCCCGCAUAUCGUGCAGGCGGCCGCAUGUAAAUCUCUGACGCUGCACGCGCGUUGUUUCUCCACGCCAAAGGGCGGGGGCGUCAAGGGCGCUGACGCCUCAGAGGACGAGUACGCCUUCGACCCCUCCGUGAGUGUGCAGAAGGACGCGGCACUCAGCAUGGCGAAGAAAAGCCUUGAUCUCAUUGUCCGUGAGCUUCUCCCUGCGAAUGCCCCAGACUCGGCGACGCAGAAGGUGAGGGCGUACCUGCAGCAGCAUCCCAUUGACACCCUCAUUACGCAGCCGACGGUGCACAUCACCCACGUGGAGGACCCGGACUCUGGCGCGGAGGCGAAACUGUCGCUAAGCCCCUGUGACCUCUCAGAGGCACUGGAGCAGGCCCAAGGGCGUGGGAUGAAUCUGGUGCAGAUGGGAACCCGCGGGGAGGUGGCGUACUGUCGCAUUCGCCGUGAGAUUCCUCGCAUUUUAGGUCUCGUGAGUGCCGAACUCGAGGCCCUGCGUGAGCAGGAGAGGCAGGAGGGGGCCGGCCAUCGUGGGGGCCAUGACGCGGCAGGAGGCAAACCACGUGAGCUCGUGGAUCAUCAGUUUCGUGACGUCGUCGAUGCGCACUUUGUGGGGUGGAAAAGCAAAAAGAUUGUGGAGGACAUUAAGAAGCGGCACCCUGUCAAGCUCACCAUCAAGGAGUUUCAGUCUCCCGAUGCCGCGCUGAGUAAAAUGCGGGAGAUGUGUCAGGCGAUGCAGCGGUAUGCCGAGGAGAAGGGGAUUUACCACCACUUUACGAGCAUCGUCGCAAAUGACCGGGAGGUGAGUGUCUCCUUUGUGCCCUCCCUCCCCUCUGCGAAGGGUAGCAGCGCGUGGAAGCACAUUAAGUACCCUGGCGAGAAGGAGUGGACGCACGCCCAUAAACGCAUGGAGGAGGCCUGCCGCAAGAGUGGUCGCCACGGCACCUACAUGAAAAACAACCAGCUGAAGCCGCGAUCACUGGGACAGACCUUCUUUCGCGUGGAUAAGUAUGGAAGAAAGAUCGAAUGA